AUGAAAAAGAUUAAUGUUUUUGUAGUUCCUGUUCAUGGUACUGUGCUAUACCCUUAUUAAAAUUUAAAACUCAGAAUAUCAGAAUUGUAGUUCUAUGAUGCAAAAAUGAAUAAUAAUUAUGUUGCUAUAGUACCUGUAAUUGGCUAAGAAGUGGAUGAAAUUCAUAAAAUUUAGAGAUUUAGUCAAUAUGGUACUUUGGUUCGUCUUACAAGUGAAGAUUAUGCGUAUUUAUAUAUGUAAAAUCAUAUAGUGUCUAAGCUUUUAACAAAAUUCAUCAAGCUUUUUCAUUUGCUAGAAUCAAAAUAGAUUCUAUCAUAAAAUCCACUCCAUAUUAUAUGGUUUCAGCAGAAGUUUUAAGCGAUGACAUUAUUGAUGAAUAAACACUUUGGAAUACUUAAAUGAUUGAUAAUUUAAAAGAUCUAGCUAGAGUAAGAAUAUUGAUAAAAAUAGUAAUAUUUAACAUAAUUCUAAAUGAAUCCAAGCCCUUCACUUUUGUAAAUUAUACCAGAAGAAAAGAAUAUUAAUAAGUUAUUUUAUAUAAUUGCCACUAAUGCUGAUUUAUCAUAUUAUUAGAAAUUGAAACUCUUAUAAACUGAUGAUCAUAAAACUAAAAUCAAUCUUUUGAUAUAAUAUUUGAAAACUAAAGUUGAAGAAUUUGCUUAAACAAAAGCUUUGGAAUAAAAAGUAUAAAAGGAUCUAAUUCAAUAAACGACUAAAUAGACUAGUAGAAAUAAUAGCAUUUCAACAAAUACACCAUCAGGAUUACCAAGUUAAAAAUUGAAAAAUAAUGAUAUUGAAAAAUUAAAAGCUAAAAUUAAAGAUGCUAAUCUUCCAGAACAUGUUUAAGAGAUUGUUGAGUAAGAAUUAUCAAAAAUAGAAAAUGCAUCUAUGGGUGUUGAUUCAAAUGUAACAAGGAAUUAUAUUGAUUUAAUACUUUAAUUACCAUGGAAUCAAUAGGUAGAGGAAUCUUUAAGUAUUGAAAAAUGCAAAGAAACACUUGAUGCUGAUCAUUUUGGAUUAACUAAAGUAAAAGAAAGAAUAUUAUAAUUCUUGGCUGUUAAGAAAUUAAGAAAAGAAAGAAAAAUAGUUGAUUCUAAUGGUUAAGGUUCAAUUAUUUGUUUCUUUGGUCCUCCAGGAGUUGGUAAGACAUCACUUGGUUAAAGUAUUGCUAAAUCUUUAGAUCGUCCAUUUUAUAGAAUUGCCUUAGGUGGAGUAUCAGAUGAAGCAUAAAUUAGAGGACAUAGAAGAACAUAUGUUGGUGCUUUUCCAGGAUCCUUUAUUUAGGCUAUCAAAAAAGUUAAAUGUAAAAAUCCUGUUAUUUUACUCGAUGAAAUUGAUAAAUUAACAUCUAAUCAUAGAGGAGAUCCUAGUUCUGCUUUAUUAGAAGUAUUAGAUCCUGAAUAAAACAGUCAUUUUAUGGACAAUUAUCUAAAUAUUGAAUUUGAUUUAAGCAGUGUCUUAUUUAUUGCUACAGCUAAUCAAUUAGAAACUAUUCAACCAGCAUUAAGAGAUCGUUUAGAAUUAAUUGAAAUAGUUGGAUAUACUAUAAAAGAAAAAGUGGCUAUCGCUAAUAAUUAUCUGAUACCUAAAUAACUAUAAAAAAAUGGGUUAGUAAAUGAACAAGUUACUAUUUCUUAAGAGAGUAUCCAUGGAAUGAUAAAAUAAUAUACAACUGAAGCAGGUGUAAGAUAAUUAGAAAGAGUGAUAGCAAAAAUUUAUCGAAAUAUUGCCCUAAAAUAUAUAACAGAUUAAUAAAAUUUUAAAACAAUUGUAAUCGAUUAAGAAAAUUUGAUUGAAUUUUUAGGUCCAUCAAUUCAUUCAGAUAAGUAUAUAACUCCUGCUAUAUAAAUUCCAGGAGUAUGCAAAGGAUUAGCAUGGACUCCAGCAGGUGGAAAAGUAUUGAUGAUAGAAUCUGUUAAAAUGGAAGGAAAAGGCAAAUUUGAAAUAACUGGUAUGUUAGGAGAUGUAAUGAAGGAAAGUAUAAGAACAGCUAUAGGAUGGAUAAAAGCAUAUUGGCCUUAAAUAAAAAUAUUAAGUAAAUCAAAUUAACAAGUUAAUUUUGAUACUCUUGAUAUUCAUGUAUUCAUUUAUAAUAAAUUUUAGAUUCAUUUUCCUGCUGGGGCAACUCCAAAAGAUGGACCAUCUGCAGGAGUAGCUAUAACAACUGCAAUAGUAUCUCUACUUACAGGAUUAAAAGUGAAAAAUGAUAUAGCUAUGACAGGAGAAAUUACAUUGACAGGGAGAGUGUUACCAGUUGGUGGAAUAAAAGAGAAAAUUCUUGGGGCUUUUGAGAGUGGAAUAUUAAGGUUAAAAUUGAAUUGAUUAUCUAGUGUCAUAAUCCCUCAUAGGAAUAAAGCAAAUUUGAUUGAUGUUGAGCCCGAAAUUAAGGAAAAGAUGUCUAUUCAUUUAGUGAAAACUAUAGAAUAGGUGCUUUAGAUUGCAUUAGAAGGAAAUGGUCCUAAUUUCAAAAUGAUUAAUUUAGCUAAUUUGUGAAAGCUAUUAAAUUUAAUGCCAU